AUUACAUCAUGCUAUGUUUUAUACACUGAAAUGUUAUAAAAAGCCUUAGUGUUCGUUGAGGCCAAUUAUUAUUGAGAGAGAGACUCUACCUUUUCCCGUCCAAACAACACUAGGGAAUGCCUCCGGUUUCUCUGCCAUGGGAUAUCCAGUAGGUUGCCGUUUUAUGGUGAUACCCAAAGUCCUGCUGUACUCUGCAUCAGCCAUGGCUUCUUUAAACAAUGGAAUCUGCUGCUUUCUUUCCGAUCUUGGGCUGUGCGAGCCCCCACAGGAGGAGGAGAUCUAUUUGGGGCAAGGAUUACCAGAAAUAUCGUCUCUCAUUUCCUCUGCAUCAGGUGAGAUGAUCAAAAGUAGGUUGCAUGUUAUUACAUUCCGAAAUUUUGCAGAGAAAAUGGUUGAGAUUGAGGAGGAUUUUGUGUGCCCCAUCUGCUUGAGUUCUUUCCAAGGAGAUGAUGAAAUUCGAGAGCUGUACAAUUGCUGUCAUAUAUUUCAUAGAAAUUGUUUGGAUAAGUGGAUUGAUCAGCAUCAGGAUGGUUGCCCUGUUUGCAGAAGUCCUCUGCUUCCACUAAUUCAAAGUGUUGAUGGAAAUGUACGCUUUUGAGAUCUAUGGCAGAGGAUCAACUCUGUAAGCCUCUUAGUGAGAAUUUUCUGAGGUUUAGAUUGUUCAAAAGUGAUUUAAUAGUUGUCACAGGACGAUUUGAUCUUCUGGGUUAUGGACAUGAAGCUGGGAGAUUAAUUUUGCUCAAGUGUUCUGUACUUGCAGUUAACUGAGGUUAUCUCAUCUAGUGCUGUAUGAUUUGCAUUCUUUUGGAGUGGUUAUUUUGAGUUUUAUUAGAUUUACCCAUUAAAAAUUAUGUAUUCAUUAUUUCUACAUGAUCUAUGUAAGAUCAUUUUCAAUGUUUAUUAACAUUUGUGUAUAUGAAAGGGUUGGAUAAAGAGUCUCACUGGAAUUUUAUGUAA